GAAAAUGUUAUUGUUAGUGGCUGUAUAUCGCUCAGAAGGAGACGACAGUUGCUGGUUCUGUUCCAGAGUCGGAUGUGAUCAGAAGCUUGAAGAGUUCAUGGAUUCGGAAGCCAUCUACAAAAGAUUCGUUCUUCGGGUCAGGUCAAGGCAGCUAGGAGUCUAAGUGUUCGUCUUCGUAAAGCUUUUUACAGAAAAGACUUCAGCCCAUCGAACAAAAGGCCCAAUCCAGUAAGCCGGGUAGCCAUCAGCUCGGAAGCCGAUGCUCAAGGCUUCGACUUAACCAAGGAAUGCUUUUAGUCGAAGCGGAGAGCAAACAGAGCGCGAUCGAUCGACUAAACAGCUCAGGGCGAGCAUUCCCCUAAUCAGGCCCGAAAGGUCGACAAGGCCCAAUCAACUAAAAGGAGAUUAGGUUAAGACGAUCGAACAGACUAUAAAAGGAAAGGAAAGCAAAGGAGAAAGGUAUCGACACUUAGCAACACAAACUCGGCAGCGAGAUUAAGAUUUAUUGUCCGUACAAUCAUCUCUCUGCUGUUUGUAUUUUUCCGGUUUAAGCUCUCACGAUCCCCGGCUUGCCUUUACUUUCUCCACCUUUGUAACCUCAUCUCGAAAUCUAAUAAACGCCUCUGUUCGAUCCAUUUUUAGUAUUGUUUACUUUAUCCGAGACCAAUCUCACCCUAAACAAUUGGCGCCCACCGUGGGGCCGAACAGACCCAGUGUUUCUAGACCGAAAUGACCACCGGAGGUACGAACCCAGAUACCUCAGGAGAGGAGCCGGCACUCACACCUCCUCCGCCUCCUCCCCUUCUCUCGUCGGAGUUCAUGAGUUCAGUCAUAGCUCGACUCGCCCAUCAAGAAGAGGUCCAAAAGACGACAAAUGACCAGCUCGCCGCCAUCGUCGCUGCCCUCAACGCGUCCACCGGCAGCUCGCAACCACUCCGUCGUCACCUCUUCAAUACAAACCCCCUACUCCGACAGAAGGGCGAACGACGAACCUAGUUGACCCUACUCUUCAACUCGCUGAGACCCUCGUCGCUGAUGCUCUUCCGGCAGCGUCCGACCCAUCAACUGUCCGAGAAAUCGCCGAGUUAAAGUUAAAUUUCCAACAAAUGAGCUCGAGGAUCCACCAAGCAACGAGCGCGGUACCUGAGAUCGACAGCGUCAUCGCGUCAACGCCGCGCACUCCUUUCACCGAAGAACUGACGGGGGUCAAACUCCGAAAAAUGGACAAGUUGCGUCUCCCAGAGUACAAACCGGGGGGAGAUCCUGUCGAGCAUUUGACAGCUUUCAACAUUGCGGUGACAAGAGCCAGACUUGCUCCCGACGAAAGAGACGCGGGAUAUUGCCAACUUUUUGUCGAAACGCUCAAUGAACAAGCAUUAACUUGGUUCUCGGGACUCGAAGAGAACUCGAUUAACAGCUUCAACGAGCUCUCCUCGGUGUUUCUCAAGACUUACAUCAUGUUCACCAAACGCGAAGUAACAGCUUCAACCCUCUGGAACCUCAAGCAAAUGAAGGACCAGAGCCUUCGCGAUUAUAUGGAACAGUUUAAGUCAGCCGUGCCAAGAAUCGACAUUCCAGAUCACAUCGCCGUCGACGCCCUGAGGAACAAUCUCCACGUAGAAUGUAAGUUCCGAGAAGAUCUCUAUCGUAGUCCCACCACAUCAUUGCAAGACGCCGUUGCUCGUUCCCACAACUUCAUUCGUAUGGAAGAGGACACCAAAGCCAUCAUGAGCAGGCACAACUCGGCGAAGCAAUCAGCGCCUAAAAACACUGCUACAGCUCACGUCGAACCUCGUCAGCAUGCUCCAAGUGACAAAAACAACCGUAAGAAUGGUCUCCUUUAUGUCGUCGACGAAAACGGGAAGAAAUGGAACACCUUUCAUCGAGAAGCCGAUCCUCCGAGCGAAUUCCCCCGAGCAACAGUGACGGCAGCGGUCACCCAGGUCGAUUCCGCAGCAGGUUCCUCCCGAACCCCUCCAGGACUUACCAAGUCGUGUAAACUCCACGGUGUAAAAGGCCACGACACUUCAGAGUGCAAGACACUUUUCGCACAAUUCCUCUCCUCGCUCGAAAGCGGCGAAAUCAAGAUCCCUCCUCCGAAGCCUAAAAGCGAGAACAGUUGGAGCAGGAACAAGGAUAGGAAAAAUCAGCGAAAAAAUCAUGGAAAACCGCGUCAAGACGACCAAAAGCCUAAGGUUGCCGAGCAAACACCACAUCAGGACGACGAUGGUGACGCCUCAGCUGAGGAGGAUCAACCAGCGGUCAGACAAAGGAUCGAAGUUAUUUGCGCCCAACCGGAGCCCUCAUCAGACGAAGAGAGCGAUCUCGAGGAAGCUCUCGACCCGUUGGACCUACGUACGCUCCUCAAGCGGAAGAUGACGUCGACAAAUAACGAGACUCCCAGACCUUCCGAUCUCCGAGUCAAGCUUAACGCUAAAAGAACCAAGCAUGCAUUGAGCCAAGGACCUUCACCAGCAUCUACAGGCGAUAAUCCUAUUGUCGAUUUGCGUGAUCAGCUUAACGCACGAAUCAAUGAUCUGCGUACAAAGCUGGACCGUAAAAGAGCCGAAUCACCAAAGGAGAGCGAGGACCUCCGAGCUCUUCUCAUCAAAAAACAGACAAGCGUCAGGCCGCGGAUCAACGUGAUUAUGGGAGGAUCUCCGCCUUGCGGGGAUUCAGUACGGGCGGUCAAGGAUCACCGUCGAAUGGUGGAUACUUCGCAGCGUUGGCCACAGAAGCUCCCAACCGAUCCCCCAAUUUCCUUCUCGAUAGAAGACCUCCUUGGGGUAAAUUUCCCUCAUAACGAUCCCCUUCUCGUCGUUUUGGCUAUCGAUAAGUACGAUGUUACCAAAGUACUAAUCGAUACUGGUAGUUCGGUCGAUAUCAUUUUUUUCGAAACUCUCGUAAAAAUGGGAAUCGACUUAAAAGACGUGAAACCGUCUUCCAGAACUCUCACCGGCUUCAACGGUUCCUCCGAGGUAAUCCUGGGGACUAUCCGUCUCUCGGUACAAGCAGAGGGGGUAGCUCGGAUGGUCAAAUUCUCGGUAGUCAGCACCAAGGCUCCCUAUCACGUGAUACUAGGUACCCCAUGGUUAUACUCUAUGCGAGCAAUUGCAUCUACAUACCAUCAGUGUGUCAAAUUCCCGGGAAUGGAUGGUACGAUUAAGACGGUGAGAGGAGAUCAACGAGCUGCACGAGAUCUCUUAAUCGCCACGGUCAAGUUACAACGUUCACAGUCACUAGGCAACUCGAUUUCCCCUCCAAUAAGUAAGGUCUGCCCACAAAAGGAAGAAGUGCUCGAAGUCCCGAUCGACGAGUCGGAUCCAAGUAAAGUGCUACGAGUAGGCGCCUAUCUAUCGGACGAGAUGCAGCGUGCUAUCCUGGAUUUCCUGAAGCAAAACUUGUCUACCUUUGCUUGGUCGAUGUCUGAUAUGCGAGGGAUCGACCCGUCCAUCACGACUCACGAGUUGAACGUAGAUCCGAAUAUUAAGCCCAUCCGACAGAAGAGACGGAAGUUGGGUCCCGAAAGAUCCAAAGCAGUCGUCGAGGAAGUCGAGCGCUUACUAAGCGCGGGCUCGAUAACGGAAGUCCGUUACCCGGAAUGGCUCGCCAACCCGGUGGUCGUCAAAAAGAAAAACGGUAAGUGGCGCAUGUGCGUCGACUUUACCGACCUCAACAAGGCAUGUCCAAAGGAUAGCUAUCCGCUCCUAAACAUCGACAGACUCGUUGAGUCAACUGCCGGCAAUGAAAUGCUCACGUUUAUGGACGCUUUCUCGGGAUAUAACCAGAUUAUGAUGCAUCCGGAUGAUCGAGAGAAGACGUCGUUCAUAACCGAUCGAGGAACCUACUGCUAGAAAG